AAAAAAAAAAAACUGUCGGUCUCUUCUCCUCUCCCUAUUCUCUUUUCACCGCCGCCCCCAAAUCUUCCGCUGUCGCCGCCGCUCCUCCUCCCCCCUAAAUCGCCCCAUUCUAUAUCAUCCCCUAAUUACCAAAUCGUCUUCUCCGGUUCAAGUAGCUGCGUCUGCGACUCCUCCUUGUCGCCGGUAGUCGAUUCGUCGGUCGAGGGCGCUGAGCUUGGAGGUUUCAGCCGGGCACACAGUUCACCGUCAAGGGCGAAAGUCUUUUACCAAAUUUUCGUCCCUCCAAAAAUCUCAGUUCCAUCUCAAAUAAAGGUUGAACUGUGUUUCAACUGGACAGAGAGGAGAAAGAUCUCCAAAACCCGCUACUUCUUCACCAUUUCUAAAUUUUGGUUUGGAGCCAUGUUUACAAACGAUGCUAGACAAAAGGAGCGCACUGGAAAAUAUGGAAGCCCAAGACUGCAAUACCUCCAGGAGUUGGUCUCACAGUUUCAGAAUGCAUCGAGCGAAGGUAUGGAGUUUCAAUUUAAGCUCAGGUUUCGCAUUAGGAUGACUGAUAAUUUGCUCACAUCUUUUGGUCUUACAUACACUAUGAAUGACAUUGCAGAAACAAAAGAGAAAAUUGUUGCAAAUUUGGGAAAUUUUGCCUAUGAUCCUUACAAUUAUACCUUUUUACGCCAGCUAAAUGUUUUGGAGCUUUUUCUGGACUGCUUGACAGAGCCUAGCGAGAGGCUCGUGGAAUUUGCCACUGGGGGAAUCUGCAAUGCUUGUGCAGAUCCAGCCAAUGCUGCAGUUAUCGUUCAGUGUGAUGGGAUUCCUCUUAUCAUCCAGUGCUUAUCAAGUCCUGUCAGGAACACGGUGAACUAUGCUCUUGCUUCGCUAUAUUAUCUUUAUAAUGCAACCACUAAGGACGAUAUCCUAAAACCCGAGGUGUUAGAAGCCAUUAGAAGGUUUGCUGCAGCAGGUGAGGUUAACGUAUGCUUCAGUAAUCUUGCUCAAUCUUUAUUGGACAGGCUCGACACCUCGGAAUCUUAACUGAAAAGGGUUUUCGCAAUGAUAAUGUGAAAAUAUUACUUUGCAAAACUAAAUAUGAUAGAUCUUAUGUUAGAAAUUCAGAUGGAUUAGUGAAAGAUUCGCAAACCUGACGAGAAGUCCAUUCUAUUUUUUACUCAGUAUUUGAAUAUUAUUCGGUUGAAUGUAUAUAAUGACAUGUACUCGGCCACGGAGAAAAAUGAGCCUUCUUUUCAUCACGCUCUUGCCCUUUUACUUUACUGCAUAGGUACUUCAGAUAAAUUUUAAUGAUGCCUUCCUUUUCCCUCUUCUUUUUUCUAAGUCUUUCAUUAAUUCCUUUUUCCUUAUUUGUACUUGCUUUUAGUGUGUAUUGAAUAUUGAUUGAUAUUAUCACGCCUACUAAACAACAAUUUUGUCACUUAAUGAAUAAUGAUGAGUGUUUGCGUUU